GUGUCUUUUCGCAAAAGAGGCCUUCAAGGUCAUCACAGAACCGGCUCGCGGCGGUCAGCAACCAGCUGCGCAACAAGCCAUUGAACCAAAGGAGCAAGCGCAGGCACAUCCUCAGCCCGAGGAACAGCAGGAAUCAUCAGAUUCGGACAUUGACGGUGAGCUUGUUCGGGUCAAGCCGAGAUGUGGCACUUUGGCGCACAACAUGAAGAUCAGGUUGGUGGCUGGGGCAGCUUCAGUCGGCCAGCAGAUUCUUUCGCGCACUGCACUGUCGGGUAUGGCGAUCCUCGCAUGCGUCGGCAAGCGAGCCGGGCAUCGAGGGGACUGCGAGCGUGUGAUGUCUCUUCAGAAACAGUUUCACGCCCGCUACCCGGGGGAGAUCUUAGAUCCCGACAAUUAUCCGUCGGCCAGGUUGCUAGCCUAUGUGGCUAAGGUCGUUCAAAAAGGAGAGCUGCGGUGGAUCCCGUGGAAACUCAGGAUGAGCCAGGCCCAACAAGACUCCCUGGCCUUGCGGCGCCCAGCUAAGGUGCCCCGGUUAGAAGAGCUGAUAUACGACGACGUGCCCCAGCGUGAAAUACCAGCUGGAGCAGUUGGCGCGAAUUAUCUCUCGGGCAUCUUGGGCUUGGUUUCAGUGGCUGUAGCGAUGCUUCAGGGCGCGCACCUUGCGAGCCUUCGCAAGUUUGAGCGCAAGUUCAUCAAACUGGCGACCCAAAAAUGCGAGGCGGGCAUUCGCAAUCCUUUUGCUGAGGAAAUCAUGCAAGCAGAUCGUCAGCUAUGGUGCCAGAUGGCCGAUCUGGUCAAUCUUCAUGGCUGGUCCUUGGAUGAUGCUCUGACAGAGUACACGGAGAUCAGGGGAGACAUGGCAUGGCUUCGCAAGCAGAAGGGCGGCGGCAAAGGUCGAAGUGCGAAUGGGGGUCAGUCUGGUCAAACUGGUGCAAAAUGGAUCACGAAGUUUGAGGACAAAGGUAAGACUCGUCUCCUGUGCCGGGACUACUCUUCGGCUAAGGGCUGUUCCUUCACGGAUUGCAAGUUCGAGCAUUUGUGUCCGGUACCGACAGGCAGAUUCGAUGCCGCGGAGCUGGUGCAUAGAUCAACUCAGUUGCUUCGGACAAAGGUUCUGGAUGGUGGCCGGAACCAUGCUAGCUACUUCAACGCCGGGGUCGCGGAUUCGGCAUUUCCGGAGCAUCCUCGGGUCCCUCCCACGGUCAGGGAUCUCUUUCGACGGUUCCCUACCACAUUGUUCGGAGCCUUGGACUGGGGGAUUCUUCCGGCUCCACCUUCAGUGCUUGAUCUUUCCAAGGUGCGCGGGAAUCUUUUCCUGGAUCUGUUUGCUGGUCAUGCGCGGCCACUAUCGUCUGCUUUCUUGCAAGCUGGGGUAUCUGUUCUUUCGGUGGAUACAAUGUUGGCUUCGGAGCAUGAUCUUCUGGAUGAUUCGGUUUUUGAACCUCUUUUGCGAUUGAGCUUUUCGGGAGCGGUCACCUCUGCUCAUGCAUCGCCACCAUGCCGGGAGUAUUCCAGGUGCAAGCUUAUCCGGCCUGGUCCGAAGCCUUUGCGCACCCCGGAACACUUGGCAGGGGUCCCAGGUCUUUCUUCUUCCGAACAAGAGCGAGUGGACGCCAGCCGGACUUUGAUGGAGCGUGCCGUCGAGCUUCUGCACGCCACCUACAAGGCUGGCGGGCAUUUUAGCCUUGAAAAUCCAGCAAACAGCAUGCUUUGGCUGGAAGAAGCGGUCUGCAUUCUGCUUCAGAAGGCCAAUGCCGAUGUGCUUGUGGUAGCGGCUUGCGCUUACGGUUGGGAUAUCUCGAAACGCUGGGCUUUCGCUACCUCUUUUCGGGAUAUGCAGCGAUUGGCCAAGGAUUGCUCACAUGCUGAGGGCUCUCAUCGUCCUGUUGCAGGGGUUCGGGAUGAGUCCGGAGGUUAUGCCUCUCAACAGACAUCUGAGUUCCCCGCGAAGCUCGCGGAGGCUUAUGUAUCGGCCGCUCUUCCACUGUUUUCGACAUGCGAAAAUCCUUUGGAUGUCCAGCUGUCUCAGCUAUAUCAGCUAAUCCCUGCUAAAGGUCGCUUCGACAUGCCUUUCGCGCAUCAAGAUGGGGCUGGCAUCUACUCGGUCCCCGACUGGUCUUUUCCCCCGAAUGGGACGGUUGACAGACUUCAGCAGGUCAGGCAUGCUCUGACGCAGAAGCUUUUUGAGUUGAAGGCCCCGAUUCGCUUGCGCGAACAUGUCCUGGCCAAGUCGGAUUCUCCAUUGUUUUCGGAGGGAGAGAUUGAAAGCUUUCGGGCCAUCUUUUCAGAGUUCUUGGUGGCCACGACGGGCCGUCCGGUGGACUGGUCUGUUCAACCUUUUCAGCCGUACACUCUCAAUGCACUUCAGCAACUGUCAGAGGCCUUGGAAGAUCCCGACGACACUCUGUUCGCUUGCCUCCAAUCGGGCGCUCCUACUGGUUACUUCAAGGACAUCCCGAGAAGCGGGGUUUUUGUUCCUGCGCCGGAGGCGACAACUUCGGAGGAGCAACCUUUGCUGGAGUGCCAAGAGAAUUGGAAAGGAGCUCGCGAGAAUCCAGAAACUCUGGAGUCCUUGAUACAAGAAGAACUGGAUAACGGCUACUUGGAGGAGGUCGCACUUGAGGAGGCUCGCUCCAGGUGGCCAGAGGUUGCCGUUGGGAAACUCAACGUUGUGAUCGUGCCGGACAAAAACCCUCGCUUGACGGUUGAUGAAACAAUAUCUGGCGUGAACCCGGCUUGCCACAUUCCGGAACGCUACAACUUGCCGGGCCUGGGCUGGCAGUUGUCUUAUCGGGCUGGGACUGUUCGGGUUCCGCAGUCUAAAAGGGAGAAAUUGCGCGGCCUGCUGAAUCCCCUGCUGGUUGCGGGCCGAGUGGAGCUGAAGCUGAUCCAACAAGCUUUGGGCCUUCUUCAAUGGAUCACGCAACUUCACAAGGAGCUUCGUCCUUGGCUUUCUUCUUUGUGUGAUGACAUUUCGAGGCCGCCGGGGACGUCCUUUUCCAUUGAGCCAUCUCGGUGGGGAUCGUUGGCUCCUUGCUUGUCAGAGGCGAUGGUUUUCAUCUCCACUCCAGCAGGCACGGCUAUCCCAGUGGGCUCUAAGCUGCUGAGUGCUCGGCACAUCGAACUGUGGAAGAAAUCGGAUUUGGCCAAAGUUCCGCUUACUUCCAAGCGGGUAUGGAUGAGGAUUGCGGAUCCUCAAUCUCGCUUUCGGCGCUUAUCUGUGCUGAGCAGGUGGGAUGGUGUCAGCCCUUUGCCUGCACCAUGGAAUCCCGACUUCAGAUACCGCUUCACAGUCGCGGAUUUCUUCGAUCUACGUCAUGAUGUGCGGCUUUUCCCAGCCGAUGCCAAGCUGCUUUGGAAGCUGCCGCGAUGA